AUGCCGGCUGACCCGAGCAUCGUGAAGCCGCCGUUCGUACGCGAGGACCGCAAACACAAGUGUCCGCACACCUGCCCCGAGACAUACGAUCCCGUCUGCAUGCAGAUGAACAGGUUCAAGGGCCCGUUCGCCGUGUACGUGGUGUUCCAGAACCACUGUAUGGGCGACAUGUACUACUGCUACAACUACGAGAAGCUGCGGCUAAUCAGCGACCCAACCGAGCCCAAAGUGGACCCGCCGCCGAUUUCCAACACCAACCUAGUGUACAAGAUGUGCGCCUCCGAGGGGUACAUGGCCCGCUACCAGUUCCUGCUGUCGCUCAACUCGCUGCAGCGGCUGGGGUGGCUGCAGGGCGACCAGCGCGCCUCGCACAUCAUGACGGCGAACGAACGACUCGCACUCGGCACUUAA